UAGAUUCUUCCUUCCACCCACCCACCGUCAGGAGACAAAAGAUUAAAGGAGCGCAUUCAUGGCUUCUAUCUCCCAAAAUCCAAAAUACAACGAAAGUCCAACACAUAUUUUACAAAUUCGAAGACCCAAAUUACUCAACCCACCCACCCAAAUUUAGCAUCCGAUUUUUUAAUCAUCUAUUUAUCAAAACACCCAGUUCCUGAUUCUGCUGAAUUUCCGAUUCCUUGGUGACACUUGUCUCUGUCCAUCCACCAAUAUCAAUCUCCAUCUCUCUCCUUCCACUUCCUUCCCACCUCUCUCAGGUGAAGAAUAUAACCUUAGGUUAUACCAAAACCACUGAGGCAUUCAACAUUGUUAAAUAAAAGAGGGAGGGUACUAGUCCGCAGAGGCAGUGGAACUUCUGCGAGCUUUGUGUCCUCUCUCAUACUUGUCAAAGUACAGUUAUUGCUCCUAGCACUCUUUUGGUUAUUACACGAGUGGAGCUUGGUUGGUUUCGGUCGAUGAGAGUGUGGAAUUGUUGCCGAGAUUUAUUUUGAAGCUGGCACAAUGGGUUCUGUUUGUUGUUGUUUGAAUGCUGAGGAUUUUGAAGAUUAUGUGAAUCCAAACAGUUCUGCAUAUAGGGAAUGUGUCUGUCUUCGUUGUUUUCUUCAGAACUUUCUAAAUGUGUAUACAUCACUAUUCAGAAGAGGGGAAGUGCAUUCAAUCCCCUCAUCCAUUCAGGGGGCUGCAUCAAUGAAUUCCUCGGGAUCACUUGACAACUCCUUAUCUGACAUGUAUCGUUCGCCUCCAAGGCCCUUGCCUUAUGAUGCUGACCCUAGAUACAUCCGGUUACAGCGGGAUGGGUUGAUUUCUAGGCGGGAGAAGGGCUCAAGCCACUCUCAUGAGGAGGCUGAACCUCUAAGAAGUGAUACUGAUGCAGAUUCUGAAAGUUUGAGUACAGGAGAAAAAUGGAAUGGCUCUGCUUGUGAAGAUGGGUCAAUAGAACAUCGUUCCAAGUCCUCAAUGAAGUUAUCAUCAGCCAAAACCACAACUGGAGUUGGGAACUUCUAUACAUCAUCAGAGGAUGAGGAUGUUUGCCCAACAUGUCUUGAAGAAUACACGCCAGAAAACCCCAAAAUAAUGACAAAAUGCUCUCAUCAUUUUCACCUUGGUUGUAUAUAUGAAUGGAUGGAGAGAAGUGAAAGCUGCCCUGUUUGUGGCAAGGUGAUGGCAUUCGAUGAAACGACUUGAUCGCGAUCGAAAAGGUUUGCGUCGUUGAUGAAUCCAACAACUUCGGAAGAGAGAACACUACAGAAGUGAUUUCAUUGUCAAUACCACAUGUCAAAAAGUGUCCUUUGAUAGUACAUAUAAACUUGAUUUCUGAUUACUUGUAAUUAAAUUUUCAUUCUAUAUAAGUUUUCAGCGAAAAGAAA